UUUAGGUUAACACAAUAGGCAUUAUCACUGGAGUAUUUAUAAACCACUCCAAAUCCUCUCGUUCUUCCAGGGCCCUUUUUCUUUCCUUUGUCUAUCGCUCGUUACAUAUUUAACACCAUGGCUUACUCUAGUAAACGUUUAUACGAGAUUUACUACUACCACUUUCCUCAUUAUAUGUUAACCAAGAAUGAAUCGCUUUCAUUGCAUCUUUUCCUUCUUUCGUUUGCCUUUUUUGUUGGUUACGGUCUUUAUUCCUAUGUCCCUUCUCAAAUAGUUUCUGGCUCAUCGGCGGCUAGUGCUAACAAUCCAAGUUCAACAUCCACCAAAGAGGUCGGCUACGUUGGUGUAUCUCGUUCAAACGGUCCAGGUGCUAGGGUGGCUUCACAGCCAGGCUCAAAUCCGAAAAGGCCGAAGUUGGCCAGGAUUUCAAAUACUGUUUUGCAGUCAUCAGCUUCGGAGAAGCCAUUGCUAAUGUCCCUGUCUUCCAAAUACUACGUUGUUCAGUGGAGAAAGUAUACUAAUAAGAAGAAUAAAUCAUGGGACGGUGACGGCUAUAUUGCGGUGAGCUCCUCCGGAAUCACUUUGAAAGGCGAUACCCACGGAAACGGGAAUCACAAAUUGAUGGGGAAAACUUCUAAUUCUAACAUAGACGGGCUAAUUAAAUUUGGCUCCUAUGAAGCAGAGGUUGAUUACGAGAUCACCUCAAAAGACGAACUAGUGUCCCUUCAAUCCUUUCAACCCGCGUCUUCGUCUUCUAGAACUUCUUCCCUUAGUGAAAACGAUUCUAUAAUACCCGUUUCCCAAACUGCUGCUCGUCCGUAUAAGAAACUCCAAACGUCGUUGACGUCUCGUCUUUCUUCUUCAACCAGUUCCGCUCUUACAGAAUCAAGGAAAAGAGCUCCCCUAUAUGAGACCACAUCAGAGGAUGCCUUUGUGCUUCCUCCUCCUCCUGAUUCGUCAAACUACGUUGACGUGGUUGUUGAUCCCCUUAUUUCAAAGCAUUUGCGACCUCAUCAGCGUGAAGGUAUCAUUUUCUUGUAUGAGUGCUUAUCAGGUUUUAGAAACUAUAAAGGAAAUGGGGCUUUGUUAUGUGAUGAAAUGUCUUUAGGUAAAACCCUAAUGACUAUUUCGUUGAUUUGGACUUUGCUAAAACAAAACCCUGAUCCAGUUAGUAAAUCUCCCAUUAUUAAAAAGGUGUUGAUUGCAUGUCCAGUAACUCUCAUUGAUAAUUGGCGGAAAGAGUUUAAAAAAUGGCUUGAUUUGAACAGAAUUGGAAUACUCGCCCUAAAUAAUAAACCGGGUAGUUCAACUUCGAAAGAUAAACAGGAUAUUAUCAGUUUUGGUAAAACAAAAGUUUAUCAAGUUCUUAUAAUGAGUUAUGAAAAAAUACUAACCUGUCAGGAUGAAUUGAAAACUGUUCCGUUUGAUUUAUUAAUCUGCGAUGAAGGUCAUCGGUUAAAAAAUAGUACUAAUAAAGUCAUCAAGGCUUUUAAUACAAAUAUCAAAAUUGAUCGGAAAAUCUUACUAACUGGUACCCCCAUUCAAAACGAUUUGGUUGAGUUUUAUAAUAUAAUUAAUUUUGUGAAUCCAAAUAUUUUGGGGAGUUUCCAAUCGUUUCAAAAAAAUUUCAUAAAUCCAAUUGAAAGAUCUCGAGAUAUCAAUUGUAAAAAUAAAGAUACAAUCAAAAGAGGUGAAGAUGCUUCAGAACAACUAAUUAGUUUAACUAAAAACUUUAUGUUACGAAGAACAGCAAGUAGUAUCUCCAAUUAUUUACCAAAUAAGACUGACUUGAUUCUUUUUUGCCCUCCUACUGAUUUACAGUUGAAAUUGUUCAAUUAUAUUAUAAAGACUAAAAACUUUAAUGCUUUAAUUAAUGAGGUGAAUUCGAAUCCAAAUAAUUCACUUUCCUUGAUAACUCUAUUCAAAAAAAUUUGCAACUCACCGUCGUUAAUUGAAAAUGAUAAGUUAUUUCGAAACUUAAUUGAAGCUGAUGAUGAAAGACAAAGCUUAAAUAUAGACAUUGGUAAGUUGAAGUCUAACUUCACAAGCUCCAAAAUUAAUUUGUUAAUUCCGUUAUUGAUUGAAUUCAAAAGUUUGAAUUUGAAAACCGUUUUAGUUUCAAAUUAUACUCAAACUUUGGAUUUAUUACAAUCAGUAAUUCAAAAAUUAAACAUUACUUUUUCACGCUUAGAUGGAUCCACACCGAAUAAGGUUCGUGAUUCGCUAGUUUCUACAUUCAAUAAGUCCCCCGAUAUUUCAGUUUUCUUGUUAUCAGCAAAGUCAGGAGGUGUGGGAUUAAACUUAAUUGGGGCUUCGAGGUUGGUCUUAUUUGAUAACGAUUGGAACCCUUCCGUGGAUUUACAGGCAAUGGCUCGAAUUCAUCGUGAUGGCCAGACAAAACCUGUAUUUAUUUAUAGGAUCUUUACUACUGGGUGCAUUGAUGAAAAAAUCCUUCAACGUCAAUUGAUGAAAAACAAUUUGAGUGAUAAAUUCCUCGAUGGUAAGACUGAUUCAAAGCUGAAUUCCUUCGACAUUGUCGAUUUGAAGGAUUUGUUCACUGUCAAUGACUCAACUACUAGUAAUACCCAUGAUUUGCUUGAAUGUCAAUGUAAUGGGGAUGGUAACAACUUACAGGAUAUUAUAUUAGAUAGUGACUCAGAGGAACUGGAUGUUGAGGGUAAUCCGUCAGGCUGGAUAAGUGCUUUAGAUUAUAAACAAGUGGAUGAAGAACCAAAAAGAAAAAAACUCAGCAUUAGGAAUGCUUUGGCUGAAUAUCAACACUUUGAUCCGAAAAGUUUGAACCGAGCCAGAACUAUCAAGACAGGUGAUGAUGUAAUUGAUAAAAUUUUACAAAAUAAAAAUACCGCUCCAAUUUCAUUCCUUCUUACUAAAUUUAGCUCAGGAAAACCUACCGAAAUUGAAUCAUAAUCG